AUGGCAGCCUCAAGAUCUGCUCUCCUCAUUGGCCAAAUUGCCCAUGCGCGGCAAGAAUGGCAGGCACUGAGCUCGAUCGUCAACUUGAAGGAAUACGGCUCCGGCUCAAGAGAAGACUUCAUCACUCGCUCCAAGGCUGGCGAGUUUGACGAUGUCGUUGCCAUUUACCGGUCGAACGAAUCUACGAGCAUAACAGGUCCAUUCAACAAAGAGCUCGUGAGCGUCUUGCCCAAGAGCUUGAAACAUAUCACACACAAUGGAGCGGGCUACGACAACAUCGAGGUUCCAGCAUGCACAGAACGAGGCAUUGAAGUCAGCAGCACGCCAAUCGCUGUGAAUGAAGCUACCGCCGAUACUGCGAUAUUCCUCAUGCUUGGCGCUCUUCGUCGAAUCACAGUGGCCUUUACCAAUGUCCGGGCGAACGCGUGGAGAGGAAGCAACUUCGCUCUCGGACAUGACCCGAACAAGAAAGUGCUUGGGAUACUUGGAAUGGGAGGCAUUGGAAAAGCAGUCGCCCAUCGAGCCAAAGGGUUCGGCAUGUCGAUCCAAUACCACAAUCGCAAACGCCUGCCCGAGAACGAAGAGCAAGGAGCGAAGUACGUGUCAUUCGAUGAGCUGUUGAAGACAUCGGAUGUGCUCAGUCUGAACCUGGCAUUGAAUCCAUCAACACGACACAUGAUCUCAACACCGCAGUUCGAGCUCAUGAAGAAGGGCGUAGUGAUUGUCAACACCGCUCGGGGUCCCAUCAUCGACGAAGCCGCUUUGGUUGACGCUCUCGACUCUGGGAAGGUGUUCUCCGCUGGACUGGAUGUGUUCGAGGAAGAGCCCAAGAUUCAUCCUGGUCUGCUGCGGAACGAGAACGUUGUGCUGCUACCGCACAUUGGGACUGCGACCUGGGAGACGCAGAAGGACAUGGAGUUACUGGUACUCGAGAACUUGAAGUCAGCGGUGGAGGGCAAGGGUUUGAUAACGCAGAUUCCAGAACAGAAAAAGUGA